AUGAUUGAGGAACGAUCGGAUAGAUCCCUUGCCACUUCGUCGUGGCUGCAAUUAUUUUCGUCCGCAAAGUUGUUCAAUCUUAUUGCAUCUCAUUCGGAUCAUAAUCCUAUUUUACUCAAUUGUGAUCCGUGUCAAGGGCGUCGAACGAGAAUAACCUUUAGGUUUGAAAAUUGGUGUGUGAAGGGAGAGGGUGUGAAGGAUGUUGUGCAAGACAGUUGGGUCGCUGAACACCAUCAUAUUGUGGUCGUGAAACUCGCAGAGUGUGCUGCUGAUCUUGACCGGUGGAACAAACUGUGUAUUAAGAAAAAUAGGGAGGAGAAAGACCGGCUUCAUGGUAUCUUGGAAUGGUUCCGUGGGGGUAAUGACCCGGUGUCUGUCGUGAAAUUUAUGGAGGCUCAUAAUGCUUAA